UGCCUGGAGGACCACGAGGCCGUGGUGGAGGUGCAGAGCUCCUGGCUCCCAGGCGCUGACAGCCGCUUCGUCUUCCGCAAGAACUACGCCAAGUACGAGCUCUUCAAGAGCAACGCGCAGUCCCUCUUCCCUGAGGUGAUGGUGUCCAGCUGCCUGGAGGCCAACAAGAGCAUGGCUCACUCUGAGCUCAUCCAGAACUUCCUCAACUCUGGGAGCUGCCCCGAGGUCCAGGGUUUCCUGCAGCUGCGGGAACAGGGGCGCAAGGUCUGGAAGCGUUUCCACUUCUCCCUGCGCCGCUCGGGGCUCUACUACUCCACCAAGGGCACCUCCAAGGACCCACGGCACCUCCAGUACUUCGCAGACCUCACCGAGUCCAACAUCUACUACGUGACGCAGGGCAAGAAGCUCUACGGGACCCCCACCGAAUUUGGCUUCUGCAUCAAGCCCCACAAGGUGAGGAACGGGACCAAGGGCCUGAAGCUGCUCUGCAGUGAGGACGAGCAGAGCCGGAGCUGCUGGAUGGCAGCUUUCCGUCUCUUCAAGGUGAGCCCCAGCCCACCCAGGGCGUUACCGGGCCCUCAAGCACAGGCGCGGCUGAGCCAGCCCCCCUGGAUCAGCCCCACACCCUUGCGAAGCGUCUCGGACAACGCGCUGGUGGCCAUGGACUUCUCGGGGUGCACAGGGCGAGUGAUCGAGAACCCCAGUGAGGUGCUGACGGUGGCGCUGGAGGAGGCGCAGGCCUGGAGGAAGAAGACGACGCACCGAUACAGACUGCAGGAAGCAUAA